AUGGCAACGCAACCACACGACUUAACCGUCGUGGUAGCCCUGUUCAGUGCCAUUGAGGAGCGCAAUGCGCUUAUCGAAACAGUCAAGAGUAAAGAUGCAAUGUUGGAAGCAUGCCAGGCACAGAUAUCGCAAUGUAUGGAAGAGAAAGUAUUGUGUGAAAGGGCUCAGAAGAAGUUGGCAAAGGGGAGGGAGGAAGUGGUUACCAAGCUGGAGUAUCUGAGUGAAAUGGUAGAAAUUUUUAAAAUUAGGGAAGAAGAAGCAGAGAAGUCGGGAAAGGAAAUUGAGGAUAGUUGA